GCAAAGGGCAGUGGAGUUUUGCCGUUAGACUGCGUGAAGAGGGCGGGGAAGUGGAGUUUGGGCAUCGACGACGAGCCAGAGGAGACGAGCUCCUCCGCCGAGCACGUGGGCACUCGCACUCACCGCGGGGCACCUGUGGCACCGACCUGGGGUCUUCCGCGGAAGAUAAGCUGAAGCGGUGCUCUCAACGCGUGCACGGCAUCGGGGAGUUUUAAAAAGCAGCGAGCAAGCGGGCCAACUCGCAGAGGCACCUCGCCCACCCUGCCUCUCUCACCCAGCCGUCCAUCUCUGGGUUGUGUCACCUGGAUAUUGAUGGACGUUGGAUGGGCCAGAGGCGGGGAUGGUCGGCUAUGACCCAAAAGCAGAUGAUAGGAGUAACUCCAAGUUCGAGGUGGCGAUGGCAGGCUCUAUGUCUGGACUUGUUACUCGCCUGCUGAUCAGUCCCUUGGAUGUCAUCAAGAUCCGUUUCCAGCUCCAGAUUGAGCGCCUGUCUCACAGUGACCCAAAAGCUAAGUACCAUGGGAUCCUUCAGGCUGCCAAGCAGAUUUUGCAGGAGGAGGGCCCAACAGCGUUCUGGAAAGGACACAUUCCAGCCCAGCUUCUCUCCAUAGGCUAUGGAGCUGUCCAAUUUUUGUCAUUUGAACUGCUGACCGAGCUGGUCCACAGAGCCAACAUGUAUGAGACCCACGAAUUCUCAGCGCAUUUUGUGUGUGGCGGUCUGUCUGCCUGUACAGCCACCCUCGCGGUACACCCCGUAGAUGUUCUGCGCACUCGAUUUGCAGCUCAGGGUGAGCCCAGGGUCUAUAAGACCCUGCAGGAUGCCGUGGUGACCAUGUACAGGACUGAAGGACCCUUGGUCUUCUACAAAGGCUUGGCCCCUACCUUGAUCGCCAUCUUCCCCUAUGCUGGGCUACAGUUCUCCUGUUACAAGUCCUUGAAGCGCGCCUAUGACUGGGCCAUCCCGGCUGAUGGGAAGCAAACUGGAAACCUGAAAAACCUGCUUUGUGGCUCUGGAGCUGGAAUCAUCAGCAAGACCCUUACUUACCCCCUGGACCUCAUUAAGAAACGGCUUCAGGUUGGCGGAUUUGAGCACGCCAGGGCUGGCUUCGGCCAGGUGCGGAGUUAUAGGGGCCUCCUGGAUUGCACCAAGCAGGUGCUGCAAGAAGAAGGCAUCCAAGGCUUCUUCAAGGGUCUGUCCCCAAGCCUGCUAAAGGCUGCCCUCUCCACAGGUUUUGUGUUUUUCUGGUAUGAGCUCUUCUGUAACCUUUUCCACUGCAUGAAGAAGGCGGACAGCUAGCUUUGAGAGUGAGAAGGCCCAAAACUUUACUGGAGGCCACCUCCCAAAAGAAGUAAGACUUGACCUUGAAUCUCAUGUUGCACUGAGAAGCCACCUGGCGUGAGCACCAGGGGAGGUAUUCUGAGCAUCAGUAUCACUGGGAACAGGGUGGCAGCCUUGACCUGUCAGUUGGGACACCACCCAAGGGCAAGGACUUUCUCCAUGAAAGAACACGGUACCCAGGACUGAGACUGUGUGACCAACACCAGUGAGAAGCAGCUUGCAGUCAUUUCUGCUGUCCAGCCCAAACCCAGAAGCAUCAGGUGCCAUCCUCCCCUUCACAGCCAGUAGGCUAGGAGAACUCCCAAAGUUAGGAAGAGGCCAAGGCUCCAGUGCAAAAGGCUGGGCUUGGGCUCUUUGCAGGAGUCUGGUCCUCACGCUUGGGCUUUUUCCCAUCAACUUAUUCAAUAGACAUUAAAGCAAAAAGCACAUUCCUUAUCUUA